AAGUUUGCAUUUGAAGUAUUUCUCAAAUCAAUUCAAACUAUUAUUUAAAAAGUUUUAUAAACUUUAAACUAAAAUCAAAAUGUUUAGAUUUAUUGUAUUAGCCCUUACCAUAAGCUAUGUUUGUGCCGGUGGAUAUGGCGGUGACUUCGGUGGUCUACGUGGCGGUGACUUCGGUGGUCUACGUGGCGGUUACAGUGGCGGUCUCGCUCUCGGCAAUGGUUAUGGUGCUGCCCGUGCCGUCCAUCAGACUGGACCAAUUACUGCUGCUAUCCAAUCGACCCGAUCAUAUGAAGUGGUUCCCGUUGCACUUGUCCAAGAGGCCCCGAUUCCCCAGACCAUUGAUGUCGGAGCAAACUUCCAGCCCGUAAACAUGAUCUUCCGAACCGCGUCGAGUCCAUUGAAUCUGGAACAGGUUCACACACCAUUCGCUCCCCAAUUCCACAGCUCUAAGUCCGAAGACGAGGCAUCAGUUGUGACACAUGAAAACUAUAAGCCAAUCAUUCAAGAGUACCGCGAAGUCAUCCAACCCUACCGUAAGAUUGAACAGAGAGUACAACCGGUCAUUGAGAACGUGCACACCGUUGUGUCAAAAGGCGAGGAAUUCAGAGCACCCCUAGCAUUGGCCGCCCCUUAUUCGGCUCCAUUACUCAAGGCUGCCCCAGCUUUGCCAUUGUUUGCCAAACCCAACUACAAAUAAACGAUUACUUAUUGAACAUCUCUAACAUCCAUUUCCUUAGAAUAUACUAUAUCUUGAUUUAUAAAUUUUAUUAUAUAAACCAU